AUGGCUCCUACACGACGAACAUCCGCACGUCAGCAACUGAAGACCCCUAAUACCGUUAACGUUACACAUGCAGAACAGCCGACUGCGGAGGAGCACAUAAUAACUUCGGUUACAGAUGAUCAUAUAGCGUCUACUUCAAACUCUGCUUUGCAAUAUUCUACGUGCCGUGGCGAUGACCAAACCGGCAGCUCUGCAAAAACACCCAAGCGAGGCAACCUUAGCAGGCGUUCUAAAAAAGCCUCACCAGCUAUGGGGAAACGGCUGGUGUCUACUUCAACCUCUGCUUUGCACUCUUCUGAGUGCCGUGGCGAUGACCGACCCGGCAGCUUUGCUCAGCGUGCCAAAAUACCACGGCGAGGCAACCUUAGCAGGCAUUCUAAAAGAACCUCUACGGCAAAGAGAAAGAUAGAGGCCUCUUUGAGGCUUUCCAGUCAAUCUCAACGGAGGCCGUAUGUUUUGUCACAUGAAACGCUUGGUGAGCAUAACUACCGUUUGUACUGCAAAUCAGUUUACACAUAUUCGUUGAAAAAUAAGAGGAAACUACCUAAACGCUUGCAAGACAACAAAAAAGCGGCUUCAUUACAAGCACUUUUGCGGUCUCGACAGAGCACGCAUCGAAAAGCUACUCGCAAUGCAGCCGACGCUGCUGCAACUUCCAUUCGACAGUCCAAGAAGACCACGGCUGAGAAAACCACACGUCCAUUCGACGGCCCCAGGAAUCCAUGGCUGAGAAAACCGCACACCAUACUUCUGCUGCGAGGGCGUCGGAAAGUUCCGCACAAAAGCGCACAAGCCGGCAACAGGAUGCAAUUUCUACUUCCGCUGCUAGAGCUGUAG